CGAUUGGAAUUUAUUUUAUUUUUUUCCUAAAUUUUGCCGUGUCGUAGUGGUUUAGUCAUAUCAAAAUGCACCAUAGUAAAUGUUGAGCAAGACUUUAAUCUCGAGAUAUGGAUAGAAAGUUAAGAAACAUCUUGAGAAAAGGGCAAGAAAUUUCAUGCUCUUGGUCCCAUGAGGCUAUUAAGUCACACUACAUAGUAAAGAGGACGGCCAGCUCUAGUUCCUUUUGGGUUCCGUUUUCUUCUCUUAAUUUCUGGGUAGAAGAAGAGGAAAGGCUCACGGAUAGAAGAGGGAAUCCCUAAGCUUUAGGUAACAAUUUUCCUCCUUUGUUCUUUCUUUUUGAUCAUUAUGUAAUUUCAGUACAAUUAUUGAAAUGAAACGUUGAUUUUUGU